UGGAGCCCUCUGAAGUCAGAAUUUAAAUCCGACAACAUGAGCAAACUAAGUUCAAUCAUCCUUCUGAUGGUGUUAGGCUCUACCCUGGCCUACAAGAGUUAUUCAGGGUACCAAGUGCUGAAGACGGCUCCCCUGACCUCAGCCUCCAUGCCGUAUAUCAACAGGCUGAGCAAACACUUUGACUUCUGGGGAACCCCUGGCGUCGGAAGGCCUGCCACCGUGAUGGUGUCCCCUGAACAGGCGCCAUUAGUGGUUGCUGCCUUCAACAGGAUGCGUAUUUCGCACGAAGUCUUGAUUCCUGACCUAGGACCUGAAGUCGAAAGGGAGCAUGGAGAGCGCAAAGCCACGGAAGAAGCCAAUCCUCGCGUGGCUGUCUACGACCGUUACAUGGGCUGCAGCGAAAUCCAAAUGCACAUCGCCCAACUAGCCCUCACCUACCCUGACAUAGCGACGGAGCUGGUUUUAACCAACACCCCUGAGGGGCGCAAGGUGAAGGUCCUAAAACUAUCGAACGGAAACGCCGGCCAGAAAGCUUUGUGGUUCGAUUGCGCCAUGCACGCCCGCGAGUGGAUCACACCUCCCGUCUGCCUGAGGAUCAUCGACGAGGUCAUCGCCGACCCUGCCCUCAGGGACAUGGCUGACUGGUACAUCGCACCGCUUGCCAACCCUGAUGGAUACAAUUAUACCAUUAACACCGAUCGGUUCUGGAGAAAAACCCGCAGCCCAAAUCCAGACCCCAACUGCCCUGGCAUCGAUCCAAACAGGAACUUUGACUUCCUUUGGGAUGCUGGCAAUCCCACUGACUACUGCUCCGAAGUUUAUCCAGGAACCAACGCCUUCUCUGCACCUGAGGUAGCUGCUAUUGGAAACUUUAUCUUGGAUAAUGCCGACAGUCUAGUGCUCUACGUCGCAAUCCACAGCUAUGGAGAGCAAAUCCUCUAUCCUUACGGCCACACCGUCGAACCCGUUCCUAACGUUGACCAACUGAUUGCUGCUGGAACCGCAUCUGCCGACGCCAUCGCCGCCGUAGCCGGCACCACGUACACCGUUGAAAACUCUGCCGCUGGCCUUUACUUUACGUACGGCGCCAGCGACGAUUUUGCUUAUGGUAGAGGCGCCGUUCAGUACGCGUACACCUACGAGUUGAGUGGUGGCGGAUCUGCGGGUUUCGACCCUCCUGCUUCCCUCAUCCAGCCCGUUGUGGACGAGGUCUGGCCCGGCAUCAAGGCUCUUGUCGAUUACGUUCUUGCAAACUAAUGUGGAAAAUUAUUCGAGCACCGGCUGUGAUUAAAUUAAAUGGUGAUGGGUAUUUGUUGCAA